AUGGAAAAGCUGGCAUUGGACAUCAAUAAACGGGUUUAUAAUCAUCGACCAGGAGCAUGCAGAAAGGUCGAAGGAGUCCAGUAUGGGGCCGAAGAUAUCGCCGUCCUGGAAGAGGAGGGCAUCGCAAUAAUCACUUCCGGUAUCGUUUACCUACAACCACGUAAAAAGGCUAGACAGCUGUUCCUUUACGAUUUCCGUCAGAAUGGCACGUGGAAGGUUGUUCCGUUGAAAAUUAACGGAGAAUACGAUGAGGAGAACUUCCAUCCCCAUGGUAUUUCCCAUUUCAUCACUGCUAAGGGAGCUCGUCUAUUCGUGAUCUCACACACGAAUGAUUUUAAACAUUCGGUGAUGGUAUUUGAUUGGAAUCGUCAAAAUCCCCUACAAGUGGAUUUGGUACGAACAAUCAAAGACGACAAAUUCAUCAGGCCAAAUGAUCUGGCAGCGAUCAAUGAGGAAUCGUUUAUACUUACCAACGACGGCUAUUCUCAAUCGAAAUUUUUCAAUCUUCUGGAAAUUCUUUUAUUUUAUCCAAGUGGAAGUGCGGUAUACUACGAUGGCACGACUAGCAAUUUCGUAAUAUUGAAGUCAGUUUCUCCGAAUGGUAUCAUCUUCAACAAAGAACGUACUCAUGCCAUCAUCUCCCAUAUAAAUAGCGAAACCGUUUCCGUCUACAAACUGGAUGAUAAUCAUCAUAAGCUAUUACAUGUGGUCGAUGUUCCGAUACUAACGUCCGCUGACAAUUUCUGCCUUGAUAAAUCAGGAGCCGUCUGGGUUGGUGCUCAUCCGGUGAUGAAAGAUGCACUGUCAUUCCUGUCAGAUUUUGAUGACACUAAUGCUAUAGCACCGUCACAGGUCCUUAGGAUCGUCUUUUCAAAAGAUUUCAAAUCAUGGGAAAUCACAGAGCCAUUUGCUGACGAUGGACGACUUAUAUCGGCAUCGUCGGUCGCUGCUCCUUUUGGAAAUCAAUUGCUCAUCGGAUCUGUCUGCCGGGAACUUGUACACUGCUAUAUCAGGCCCGAAACUGUUUGA